AUGAGGGUUCUUCAGCUUGUGAAUGUAGAGAAAGUGGACGCCAAGAAUAAAAAGAAAACCUUCGAUUAUUACCAAGAAUCAACAUAUAUACCUGAAAGUGCUACUAGGGAAAGAAACGGAAGCGAAACUGAUAAUGAAAAAUAUGUAG